AUGGUUCAGACGUUAGAAGCCAUAAGGGGAGGAGGUGGAUCUGUUAAAGUAGGUACAACCGGGAAAAUCAGUGCUCUGAUGUCUAGAGAAAUAGAAUCAGCAUCUAAGGCGCCUUCCGCGUCUACUUCUGUUGCCGUUUCAGCCAGUGACGUUGCUCCUAGAAAACUGAACUCUAGAACAUCAACAGACGAAGCAAGCAGCAGUGCUGCAGUUAAUACCAAAAAUGGUAAAUACCCCGAACCAGUAAGGAAGACAAAGCAUCAUCGCACUGGAAGAACUCAUUACAUCCCAAUGCUCGCAGCUGAUAACACGUUGUUAGACACAACUCCUGUAAGACAAAAACCUAGCAGGAGGGCCCCUGGUUUAGUUGAAAUCGUUGACAUAAAUUGUGGAAAUCCAGAAAAGACAUGGAAAAAACCAAUAACAAACCGCCUAAAGAAGCUUGGGUUCUCUAAACUAUCCGAAAGCUUCGGCUAA